CCAGCAAACAGUCGUGAGCGGGUUUGACACAGUCUGACUCUGUGUUCGCCCACGAGCGCGUUUAAAUGGCCGCUCCCUUUGAAAGAAGGCGCUGCGGCGGCUCGUUUCCAUUCAUGUAACUUUUAUUUGUUGUUUUGACUGAAGGAACCUCGCAGCGGUUUUAGGAUGUGUUUCGUUCUGCUCCGGGUUCUGGCUCUGACGUGUUACUGCACAGGCACCAGCUCAGCCUCAGCCUCAUCGGACGCCGCGCUGGCGUUCCUGGGCGGCGCCGUCAUUCUGCCCUGCAGCCACCGCGAGGCCUCCGGCGGCGACAUUCACACGGUGGAGUGGUCCAAGCAGGGCCUGCAGCCGGACGUGGUCUUCCUGUACCGCGACGGCUGCGAGACCUUCGAGAUGAAGCAUCCGGACUUCGAGUACCGGACCAGCCUCGUCCUGAAAGAGCUGAAGACCGGGAACGUCUCACUGAGGAUCUCCCACGUGAAGCUGUCGGAUGCAGGGACGUAUAAGUGCCUGAAGAUCUGGAGGAACUCGACCCGGGAAGUGACUAACGUGCAGCUGGUUGUAGUUGCAGUUUCGGAGCCAAAGCUCUCGGUGGUUUCAGCUGAUGGAGCAGCCGUGACUCUGCAGUGUGAGUCCGGCUGCUCGCUGCCAGAACCCACCAUGGAGUUUGUGGAUGAUCAGGGAACGCGACUGGCUGCAGAGGCAGCGCACAGAGGUCCAGAGGCCAGCGGCUGCUCCACAGUGACCCGGAGGAUGAGGCUGCAGUCUGCGACCACCAGAGUCACGUGCCGAGUUCACCAGCCACAGAUCGGUCAGAGCAGAGACACAGAGAUCCUCAUCGCUGGCCAUCGCAGCUUCCGUCCUGUCGUAGGGAUUCUCGCAGUGCUGGUGUUGGUGUUCGGUGUCGGUGGAACUGUUUUAUUUCUGCAGAGGAGGCUUUGUGGUUCUGGACCAAACAUGAUGAGGACCUCAGGAGAUCAGUCUAUUCACAUCACAAGCAAUGGAGCUGGAAACACAUUCACCUGCAGCUGUGAGACACUAAAAGCACAAGUGGCUGAACUCAAGAGACAACUCGUCCAGAGCAACGACACCAUCGAUCAACUAGAGAAGUCACUGGAGUCCAAUCGAAGCCCCGUUGUCUGUCAGCACAGGCAGCCAACCUUCGUCUGCACGGCCUCCGCAGACGUCCCCAAAGCCACCAACAUGGAUGCCAGCACCUCCACAGACCUGCAAAACAGGGCUCCAGACCUGCAACACAACGGUCCAGACCUGCAACGCAAUGGUCCAGACCUGCAACACAACGGUCCAAACCUGCAACGCAACGGUCCAGACCUGCAACACAAUGGUCCAGACCUGCAACACAAUGGUCCAGACCUGCAACGCAACGGUCCAGACCUGCAACACAACGGUCCAAACCUGCAACGCAACGGUCCAGACCUGCAACGCAUGGGUCCAGACCUGCAACGCAUGGGUCCAGACCUGCAACACAACGGUCCAGACCUGCAACGCAUGGGUCCAGACCUGCAACACAUGGGUCCAGACCUGCAACGCAUGGGUCCAGACCUGCAACGCAACGGUCCAGACCUGAAACGCAUGGGUCCAGACCUGCAAAACAGGGCUCCAGACCUGCAAGGCAAGGGUUCAAACCAGCAAGGCAACGGUCCAGGCAUCCAAAGGGAGAACAGCGAGCCAGCACUCAGAUGCCUGGUUCAGGGAAAUCGCAGACACAGUACCUUUCAUCCCACAGCGUCCAACACUGCUCCUUCUACGGUCAUUUCAAGGAGAAGACUCAGCCGUUCCAUCAGUGAAUACAGCACUCUGCCGGAUCCAGUAUCCUUCAAGCCUCCGCGUAGAAACUCCUCGGGGAAUACGUUUCCACCUGUGUCUCCCACCCGCUACAGUCACGUUUCUCAUCUGAAAGAAGAGUCGGACCCACUUAUUACAUGGGACUCAAAGUAGAGUCUCCAGGUUCUGGUUGGAGACCACAGGCACAUGAUGGAUGCAGCAUGGAUGAAAGGAGGUCUGUUGGUUCUAGUGUCUGUGUGGCCUGUAGUCAGUGACACCAGACCCACAAUAUACUGGACCUGAUGUGGAAUCACAUCAGUCUGACGUCUGCAUCAGUAGCAGUGACAGCAGUGUUUCUGCUGCUGGAUGUUCAGUAGCUCUGCUUCAUGACGCUCAUGCUUUCAACUUUUAAACUAUGCAAAGCUGCAUGUUGUAAAUUCAUAUUAUCAUGUUUUGUCCAAACAGGUUGUUGUGUAUAUUGUAAAUAAAAGAGAGGAUAUUUUAUGUCAGUGUUUGUCUGGACAAAUGAAAAACAUCAUGUGUAUCGAUGGAAACCAGUGGCUAAAAUGUUAAAGCAUCAUAUAAAACAA